AUGAAGAGAAGGACUGCGGAAUAUAUUCAGGAUGACACAAGAGAUUCUUAUGGAAUUAAUUUCCGUUUAAGCAGAAACCGCAGCUUGACAAUGCAUGAAUAUUAUUCUCAUUCAUGUUUUGCUAUGCAUGAGUUGUUUAACAACGAAUUUGAAGCAAUUCAAAAUGUGGUAACAGAGAAGUGUAUAGGAUGCAUAAGCAAAGAGGAGAGAAUCUUAUGUCAGUCGGGUCACAGCUCUUUCCAUGUUGCUACUCAAGCUGAUAUUGCAAUGAUAGUUCAUUCCAACAGGGUUUCAAUGAAAUAA